CGUUUUCUUCUCCGUAGCCUCUCUCUCUCUCUCUCUCUCUCUCCCUUUAGCAAAGCUCUCCUACACGGCGAUGGCGGAGGAGGGGAAGAAGCGGAAGGGCUUCAUCAACGAAGACGACGCCUCGCUCCUCAUCCAGAGGUACAAUUCAACAACGAUUCUUACACUUCUCCAAGAAGUUUUUCGGUGUGCGGAUGGCAAAAUGGAUUGGAAUACACUUGUCAAACAAACUUCAACUGGAAUUACUAGUGCCCGCGAAUACCAGAUGCUAUGGAGACAUAUUGCUUACAAAGAUGCCUUGUUGGAGAAACUAGAAGAUGGAGCUGAGCCUUUGGAUGACGAUAGUGAUCUGGACUUUGAGUUAGAAGCGGUUCCUUCUCGCAUUCAUCCUGUCAGCGCCGAAGACACAUUAGAAGUGGCAUCCUGUGUCAAAGCUCUGACCCCUUCGUAUUCUCCACCUGAACUGGGUGUUACUUAUCGAACAACUGUAGAAUCUCCUUUGACCUCGAGCAUUCCAAAUGAUCAGAUUACUCGUGUGGCAUCUAACAAGCAACAGCUGGCUCGUAAUAUUCGUGGAACUAAAAAUGCUGCCACACUUUCCAAUCAGAAACCUUUGCAACCAGCAGGAUCUGUUGGUGAAGCAUUGGAUGGAAGUGGGCCACCAAAAAAAAAGAGGAGGAGAGCAUGGACUGAAGAGGAGGAUAUGGGUUUAAUAGCAGCUGUGCAGAAAUGUGGUGAAGGGAAUUGGUCAGACAUUCUAAAAGGGGAAUUCAAACAUGAUCGAGAUCCUCAAGAAUUGUCUCAGAGAUGGGCUGUAAUCCGAAGGAAGCGGCUGGCAUUGCUAAACCAAACAAGCGGGGGCAAAGUAACUAGCUCUGCUAGCCCAGAGGAGAGGAAGGCAGCACAAAAGGCAUUUUCUAUGGCUCUUGGUUUUCCUAUGACACGAGUAUCAACUCCUACGUUAUCAGGUGCUGUUCAAUCGAUCACCAAAUCCAGCUCUUUGUCCACAUCAUCUACAUUAUCUGAAGCGAUGCCCGCCUCUGCCGCCCAGUCACUUAAUCAAGUACAACCAACUCCCAACCUGAUAACAGCUUCUCAAAAAGUUCCCGACCCUUCAAACAAGACUCAAGCUCCCCUAAUUAAGCCGUUGGACCCCACAAAGGCUUUUAUAGGCCCAAACGCUUCAAUAAAAGCCGCAGCCGUUGCUGCAGGAGGCCGUAUAGCCACACCCUCAACUGCCGCCUCUCUAUUAAAAGCCGCACAAUCUAAAAAUGCAGUUCAUAUAAAAUCUCAUGGACAGGGCCUUCCUAAAUUUCCUUUUGCAAGUGCUAAACCAUCACCUGUGUCUAGAACUUUUGAACCACAAACUGUACAUGCUCGAACUCUUCGGCCUUCUCUUAAUUCUGAUCCUUCUGCAACUGCACUAAAAGGAGUAAGCCUGGGGAAGCAAUUACAACCUAUCCCUUUAAGUUCAGAGAGUAAUGCUUCGACAAGCUUGCAAGAAAACAAAGAGCACAAUAUGGAUAUUGUUCCAGCUAUUGGUGUGGAUGAGUUUGUAAAGGAUGCUGAAUUAAUCAUCUUGGAUAACAAAGGAUGCGCAGAGCAUCGUUCCUCAGGGAGUGGCAAAAAUGAUCAUGAAAGUAAGGAGAGCGCUGAUGGCGAGAUGAAUUACUCGGAAACUAGUAAUGAUCCAACAGUUGUUAGUCAAAAUCCAAAAACAAGUGAUGCUGGCGGUGCUCAAAAUAGAGAGGAAGAUAUCAAAGAACAGCUAAAUGAGGCCUCUGCUGUUAUUCAAGCCAUGCAUAAUGCGAGUGUUCAGGACCAAACAUUGGAAACAGUAUCGCAGGAUAAUGCUAUUAAAUCACCUGCAGAUGAUUAGGCUGGUACAGCGAGCUGAGAUAGAACUGAUUCAGGAGAACAUUCCCUCGAGGAAAUUACCUGUCAAUAUUUUCACCUGAUUAAUCUGAUGCUUGUGCAGUUUCUUUUUCCUUUA